AUGAAUCAUGGAAGAGUUUCUCCUGAUCGCCAAAUUGAUGAAGAGAAACUGGAGCAACAAACAAAGAAUUCUUUAUUCAAAAAUUUAAAUGAAAUUGCAAAACAGGCAGGGAUUUUAGAAGUCAAAAUCGUCAAGCUUAUUGAGGAUUUGAAGAAGGAUAAAGCAUUAAACGAUAAACAUGAAAAAAUAGUUUUACCAAAUAUAAUAGAUGAGAAAAUAGAAUUUCUUACUAAGAAUGUUAAGGAGAUUCUAAAAAAUAAGGAGGCAAGAAAAAUUAACUUAAUAAAGGAGAUUAGCAGAAGCUUAGCCAUCGGGCAGAAUUCGGACGUGCGAACUCCUUGUAGUUAUUGCUAG